AUGUCAACAUCAGUAAAUCAAUUUAAUUUCACAGGUGAUAAUAAUUCAGAUGGUGCGGGUGAAAAAGAUAAUGGGAAUGCACCUGCGAAACGUAAACGUUUAACUCAAGCAUGUGACGCGUGUCGAAAGAAAAAAGUUAAAUGUAUUGGAUUAGUCGAAAGUUUAGAAAAGCGUCUUCAACAAAUGGAGAAACUUUUACAACCUCUUAAGGAGCAAGGACUUGUGGAUGAUUCCGAUGAUCAAUCACUUAGUCCUUUAACUAAAAAAUCUCGGGUUAAUUCUACUGACUCUAAUACCAGUAACGAUGACCUUGAUGAUCAGUUAACUUCUGAGCCGAAUUCUUCGGCCGCAUCAACAAUUCCUAGGUUUCAACAACAAUCUCGAGAGUUCAUGGCUUCAACUUCAAAAACUCAAGCUUCCACACCAUUACCCCAAUUUAAUAGACCAGGUCCUAGCAGUCAUAAUGUACAAGCAGAAUCUAUUGACGCAUUUUCUCAGCCUUUAAGGCCACAACAAAAUCAACUUAGAAAUAAGAAUGGUGAAUCGAUAAAAGACGAUCGUAACUCGUCGAAUAGUCCACAUAUAAAACUAGAAGAAUCGUGUGAUUAUCUAUUUUUUGGCAAUACUGCGGUGCAUCCAGGAUAUAAAAAGAGAUGCCCUCAAAUGCCCUCUUCAGUAAUUCUUCAAUCACAUAUUCAAAGUUCAGUAGUGUUCGUAUCAAAUGGAUUACCAACAGAAGAUAUUGUUGAACAUCUAGCUUUAUGUUAUUUCCGACAUCGUGGUGGAAGUCUUUCAAUGUUCCAUCAACAUACUUUUAUGCGUCGACUACGACAAAAUAAAAUUUCACCUUUCCUAAUCCUUGCUAUGCGAGAGCCACCUUAUCUAGCUGGUGAGCCUUAUGCAACUCAAGCAUCAAAAUUUAUAUUAGAAUCAUUAGACAUAGGAUGUAUUGAACAUGUUCAAGGUCUACAUAGAGUUGAUGAAACCACUUCGAAUUCCUCACCUGAUAGUAAACUUUCUGAAGACGCAUUUAUAACUAAAGAAAUGAAAAGACGUCGUGUAUGUACAUAUGUUAAUCGUCCAAGACCAACAAAUGCAUUACCACCAUGGGAUCCAUCAUCAGAAUUCACUUUGUUACAAAAUGAAUUAGAGCUUUGGUAUCAGUCGAUCUUACCUCAUUAUGUUUAUUCCCGUGAAAAAAUGGUAGAAUUAAUGGCAGUUGAGAUGUCAGGUGUUUUCGCAGCAAUUCAUUUAUUUUAUCAGGCGGCUGUUGUCGUCCUUAAUCGAUCAGUCAUAAAGUCACGGAAAAAUGAAACUAUUACGACAAUCCCAACCGAAUUCUAUCGUUUAUCUUUUGAGCGUUGUUAUAACGCAGCAAAACAAGUUGGAUCAGUGGCUUUUGAUAUUCUGAAAAUCGGAUGUCCAUGUGCAUGUCCUUUUACCACAUAUCCUAUGUAUGUAACAGCAACAAUUUACAUAAAUCAUAUGAAGAAUGAAGAUAUUACAGUUUUUAAUGUAACAAAAGAAAAUCUAAAAAUUAUUGAACAAUAUUUGGAGGAAGUUGGGAAAUUAUGGGCAACAGCUAAUAAAUUGAGAUGUGUGUUGGAUAGUAUGAAGAAAGAUCAAGGAUUAUCGGAAACAUUAGAAAAACGAUAUUCACCAAAUCUGAGUGAAACGUCAGAUGCAGGUCUCAUGGCUUAUUGGAAUAAUUCAAUUAACGCAACAGACGUUAAUAUAAUUAAUAAUACAUCCAUGAAUGCAUUUCCUGAUCAAAUUUUAUCAUCUCGGUGGUUAUAUGGUAAUAUGGAACAUCCAUUUAUGGGAGAUACAUGGACAAAUUUCCUUCGAUCGCCUACGGUCUCACCAGGGCUUAUAAGAAGAUUCUCAAGAAGUAAUGAAAGUGGAGAAAACACCAACGAAGAAGGAUUGUUCCCACAAAACAUGACAUUAUAUAACAAUAAUCCAUAUGCAUACGAUUAUUCUAUGGUAACUGAUAUGUCUAACGGACAACCAUUUUCUGAAUGGUCAGCUGGAAGAAUCAUGUCAAAUCGUAGGAAUUUAGUUGAUAUGGGUGAAAUGGGAUCGAUAGUUCCAUCAUCAAGUGUCAAUAUUCAUGGAAGUCCUGCAGCUUCACAAUUAUUAAAUCCUACUAUAGGUUCAACAUUGGAUGCACUAGAAAUGUCAAAUGUAGAACUAAUGAAUAAAGGAUACAUGACAUCAAUUAGUAAAAAAUUCGAAAAUGAUGGAUUUAAGAACUGA